CAACAAACAUGUCUCUCGACUGGUUGAUGGGAUGGGGCGGGUCACUCGACAGGCUGAGGGACUUCAUUGGCACGGGGAUCCAGUGUGUCCGGGACUGCAACACCACGGCGCUUGGCACUGUGGCCUUCCUCCUGGCCAUGUUCGUGUGGUAUUGCUACCACAUUGGACGAGAGCAACCUCGGGCAUACGUCACAGUGAACUCUCUCAUGCAGGGUGUCGACGCCAGCAGCCUUCAGAACGGCUACGCUCACUGCCACUCACCAGAGUGUGUGCGCUGCGCCCACAGCGACGGCCUGAACCAGAAACUGUACCACAAUCUGCAGGAGUAUGCCAAGCGUUACUCCUGGUCAGGGAUGGGCCGGAUCCACAAGGGCAUCCGGGAGCAAGGCCGCUACCUGGCCAGCCGCCCCUCCAUCCAGAAGCCGGAGGUCUUCUUCCUGCCGGACCUGCCCAGCUCCCCCUACUUCUCGCGGGAGGCGCAGAAGCACGACGUGGAGCUGCUGGAGAGGAGCUUCCCCACCAUCCUGUGUGAGUUCGAGGCGCUCUACAAGGCCUUCUCCAACUGCAGCCUGCCCCAGGGCUGGAAGGUCAACAGCACGCCCAGCGGGGAGUGGCUGACCUUCUUCCUGGUCAACCAGGGCACCUGCGUGCCCCGGAACUGUCGUAAGUGCCCCCGGACGUACCGCUUGCUGGGCAGCCUCCGCACCUGCGUGGGCAACAACGUCUUUGGGAAUGCCUGCAUCUCGGUGCUGACCCCCGGCACAGUCAUCGCAGAACACUACGGCCCCACCAACAUCCGAAUCCGCUGCCACUUGGGUCUGAAGACCCCCAGCAACUGCGAACUGGUGGUGGGAGGGGAGCCCCAGUGCUGGGCUGAAGGGCGCUGCCUGCUCUUCGAUGACUCCUUCCUGCACACGGCCUUCCACGGAGGUUCCCCAGAAGAAGGCCCCCGCGUGGUGUUCAUGGUGGACCUCUGGCAUCCCAACGUCGCAGCAGCAGAGCGCCAGGCCCUCGAUUUCAUUUUUGCUCCAGGACGAUGAUCCAGCUGCCCUGGCAGAGCGAGGGGAGAGCGGGCCCAGGAGCCCAGAGGGGGGCUGCCAG